CGGUGCUGCUGCCCUUCUUCUCCUGGGGCUCAUCAUCCUCAUCCUCAUCCUGGGGGCUUCUCCUCCUCCUUCCUCCUCUUGGCCUGAGUCCCUGCCAAGAAGCCGAAGCAGCCUCGGGGCCAGGCUCGGGGGGCUGCCCUCCUCCUCCUCCUCAUGCCCUUCUGGAAGCGGACGGUGGAGCCCCGGGCUCUGCUCCGGAGGGGCCCCGGUCCGCCCUGGGCUUCUCUGGGGGAGGCCUGGGCCUCGGGGGCGACGGGGCUCCUCCGGCAGAUGGCCCACCUCUGCGCCCUUUCCGAGGCGCUGCUGGAGGAGCUGGAGGCCGGCCUCCGGGACCUGGAUCUCCGCGCCAAGGCUCUCCAAGGCAGGCUCCGAGCCCUAAGGGCAAGAAGACCGAGAAGCCGCAGGACUUGCACCCAGGACCAGCAAGCCACUUCUAACUUAGAUCCAGAUGUGAAGAAACCCACCCCACCCAAGCUCCUAUGGCAUCAGCCGAUAAAUAUCUUCCUGGCCCGGCCAGUUGGCGUGGAAGAGCUGCACCAUGAAGCUGAAGUCAACCUGCAGAGCAUGCUCCAAGAGGAGCACGAAGAGCCGUAUUCCGAUGCAAGACUCAGUGGACAGACCUUCCGCUACACCAGCCCCCUCUCUCCUGAAAGGCCCCUUGACUGCAGCCCCCGGCCCUCAUCCGCCAAACGCCUUGAGUUUGUGUUCAUGCCUUCAAACCAGCAAGUGAAGGAGAACGUGACCAACACACUGGGAGUAAGAGCCUUGGAACCUUCGCUUAGCUUGCCUGCUACUCCGGACAGGCACACAGCCUGGAACCGAGCUGCUGCUUUGCCUUCCUUGGAUGAGAAGAGGGUGCACCAGCCGUGUUCAUCCCAAGCAAACAUUGUCCCCAUCAACAUCUCUGGGCAGCCAUUUGCAAGGCACGCAAGCACACGCCAUUCCCUCUUUAACACGGAGACCGCCAUGAAUCCCAAGUCUUUGCUGCGCCGGAGACGGACAGUCAUCGGCUUCCCUCAUCUUGCCAUACGGGACCAAGGCAACAGUAACGGCCCAGUUCUCAACCCUUCAGCAACCAUAGCUGAAUCUGUCUCCUGUAAUUUUGUCCCUGAUGUUGUCAAUGGAAGGGGCACCACCCACCAUGCCCGGUCUCCUCAGCCUCGGCCACAGCUGAAAAAGACAUUCAGUGACCUUGGGGGAGCUCUUCAGGGACGUUGUUGCCAGGUGCCCACAGGGCAUACAGAAAAACCCAGGGUAAUGUAUGCCAGUCCAUCGUGCAAUGGCCCCAAGGAGGAUUCAGUCUUCUCUCCUGCUUGGAGCGCAGCCUCUUUUGGCUACAUGAGCCCAUCAAUGAGCCAAAAUGAGUUGGCAGCAGAGAACAUGACCCCGUUGUCUCCUUGCAACCCCAAGGGAACCCCGGACUCUGAUCGACCUGCCUCCUUCUUCAUUAGCAAAGAUCAGGUGGUUGGAAACAAUGGGUCUGGGACAUUCUGUGCUUCUCCUGAAUCCUCCAGAGAUGCUGAAGGAGGCUCAAGAUGUGGGGAAAGAGACAUCAAGGCACAUCUCGUCCCCAUCAGCCCAGUUGAAGAGCACUGCCCACAAGUAGAGAGGGGACAAAUCACAUGCAAGUUCCGUGAGAGGUCUCUCUCAGUCCCUACAGACACGGCCUCCCUGUGUUCUGUGGACAUUGGGGGCAGUGAGACCUGUGGCCUGAGCUAUCCCAGUGCAAGUUCUGAAGGUAGCACCAGCACAGACAAUGUCUCCCUGGCUGUGGAGCAGGAGGCCCAAGCAAAGCAACGGCGGCAGCGCACCAAAAGUAUCUCGCUGAAGAAGGCAAAGAAGAAGCCCUGCCCGCCCACCCGUAGUGUCUCCUUGAUCAAGGAUGUCCAAAUGAGCCAGGCAGAGCCUGGUGGUGACUCAGGGCCUGAAGGUCAGAGACCCCAAAGUCUGUCUUUGCUUCCUAAUGUGCAGGUCCAAAGCCAGGGAGAUGCAACCAGGGAGAUGGGAAGUGUGCCAUAUGCCCAGCAGUGGUACAUGCCAGAGUGGAGUUCCAGUGAGCCCUAUUGCUCUCUUUCUGGCUCUAGCACCACCACGGGGACAACCAUGAUUGAGCUUUCCAAAGCACAAGGCAGCUCUGAGUCCCUCCCUUCCCCAUCCAUCUCCCGGGCCACCACGCCAUCCCAGCUCUCUGCUGAGGUGAAUUUGAAAACUUCCUCUCCAGGGAGGCCAACAGGAGUCAUGUCUCCUUCCAGCGGCUACUCCAGUCAGUCAGAAACUCCAACACCUACUGUCCCAACCUCUGUGGUCCUCGGGCAUACUCCACACCAGAGUGGGCGGAUGAGACCCCUUGUGCCUGAGAGGAAGUCCUCGCUGCCCCCAGUCUCACCCAUGGAGCAGAGCCCUAAGUCACGCCUAUCAUUUGACCUGCCGUUUACCCCACCAACUCACUUGGAUCUUUCAGGAUUGAAGAUUUCGCUCAAGGGCAAGGCCAAAGUGAGCCGACAUCACUCAGACUCCACCUUUGGAACCAAGCUGGGCCCAAAGCUGAGCCCUGUGCAGCCUGUCAUGCCCAUGGUGACACAGCUGGACCUCCGUUCUGUCCGCCUGCGUUCUGUCAGCCGCUCUGAGACAGAGGAUAACCUGGAGAGUCCUGAACCUGUUGAGGAGCCUGGAAAGAAGAUCCGACCACCAGUGGCAGAGAAACCCCCCCUCUCACGGAGGCCUCCGAUGCUCCUACAUAAGACCCCGCCAGUUCAGGAGGAGUCGCCCACAGGCUCUCCAACCUCUCCACUGACACCACAGGGUGCCGUUCCUGUGGGCAACAUUUAUAUGAUGGGCAGAAGGCCUGAGCAUCACCAGUGGGACCCAGAGGCCUGGGGUCCCAUGGAAUCACCUUCCCUGGGUGGAGUAGUCUCUCCUGGACAGGCUCCCCCAGGGACAUUUUUUGCUUCUGUACGGCGGCUAUCUGAGGACAGUCUGGAGGACGAUGACCAAAUAAAGCCCAAGCUCCUGGGGGAGAGAAUAGCUGGCGAGGAGAGCCGCAAAACCAAAGUCCCACCUCCUGUCCCCAAGAAGCCUAGCGUGCUUUACUUGCCUCUGGUGGCCUCCCCACUCCACCCAGGAACCUGUGUGGGGGAUCCAAGACUGGCCACUAGUCCUGUUGUUAUGGUAGAUGACAACUCCCCCUACACCAAGCUGACCACUUGCAAGGCUUCAUCCCCUGUGGCCAGUGAGGCAAAUGGCAGCCCAACCACUGCAGAUGGAUCUUGGGAGGACUUUUCAGGGAAUUCCAUGGACUUGAGAGCUGAAGAGAAAAGCUUUGUCAUUGAUAAAACAGCUGAGUCCAUAACGGAGGAGGAUGACGAUGUGUUUAUGACAUCCCGAACCACCGAGGAUUUAUUUACUGUCAUUCACAGAUCCAAACGGAAGCUACUGGGAUGGAAAGAACCCAGUGAUGCCUUUGGCAAUCGGCAGAAUGCGCAGAUGCCCUCAAAGAGUGCAGGAGGCUCCCUGAGCAAUGACAGCCUUGUGGGCAUUACAAGAGCCUCCAACAAGAAUGAAGACUUUAAGGCUCUCCUUCAGAAGAAAGGCGGCAAGGGCAGCGCAGGCAUGCGUACAUCUGCGGCUGAAUUACUCAAGACCACCAACCCUUUGGCUCGAAGGGUCAUGACUGAGUUUACUGUGGAUGGGACCCUCCAAGGCCCUAAAGCCCAGCCAUGAGUAGGUUUUGAAUAAGCUUUGUCUCUUCACACCAAGCCGUAAACCAUCCCAGGUUGGUGGUCAAGGUGAAACUGCUUAUCUUGGGGAGUUUUGACAAAACCAGUCUUUGUUGAUUUGCUGGCAGUGGCUAAACCUUUUGUGGGGCAGGGAAAGAGACUCCGGAUUAUUAUUUUUUAAAGUGUCUUAAAUGUAGAGCACACCCAUCCCAUAUGGAAUCUGUCACACCUCUUUGCUCUUAAGGAGAGAAGUUUAAUUUGCUUUGCUUGCUUGGAAGAAGGACCUACGACAUGGAUGUUCCUAUGAUGGGCAGUCAUAGGUUGGUGUCAAAUGUUCCAGCAUCUUCCCCAAUUGCAUGAGGAGCAGACUACUUUUCUCUCUCCCUUUCCAGGGCUACAGAUUGGGUCCUCUCUCCUGAUUUCCUCUCUGCAGUGAAGCUAAUUUGGAACAGUUUGGUUUCUUUGGCAUGUGGUACUUCCAGUGCUUGUAUGAUACAAUAGACAUCUAUUGUGGCUUCUUUUCUUUUCUGUUUUUAAUUUCCCCUUUGGAAUCAGAUCUUAUCCUUUCUUUCUUUCUAUUAGUUUUGACUGCAAAGCUCCUGGGAGGUUGGAAACUGGCCACUUAGGAAGAUGAGGCUGAAAAGCAGGACAGGUGCUGUUCAAGCCAAAAAACACUGUUCUUGGGGAGGAAAGAUCAUUAUGUUUGAUGCUCACCUUAUGUGUCCAAAGAACAAGUCUGGUAUACAUAACUUUUAGUUGCCAAGGCUCUGCCUUGGCAGGCCACCCCUGCUACCAAAGCUUGUUAGCAUAUUGUCCAGUGGUCCGAUAGUCCAGAAUUUACAAAAUCCUCAAUGUUGGUCUCAUCAUCCAUGCGCCUCAACAUUUUGAUAGAAAAGUAAAAAUCUUUGUUUAGAUUUCUGGCGAGCUGGCACUUGAAAAAUUGAUGGCAAAUUAGGUUGUUCGUCCUUUUCCUUCCUUCCUUCCUUCCCUCCUUCCUUCAAACAAAAUUGAAAGCAAUCACUAAGGAAUAUGGGACAUAGUUUUCUUUUCUUUUUUCUUUAGUGCUGACAAAUAAUUGGAGCCCAAACUCAGUCAUAAAAUUAACAGGCUUCAUUAUUCCACAGAACUGAUAGUAGACCAGUUCACAGCAAAUAGUAUUUGUGGCUCUUUCCUGAGCUACAGCAUUUGCCUUAACAGAAAUGGGCUCUGGGUAGAUGUAAACAGUGGGCGAACCCUUUCCAGGAUGUCUUUAAAUGCCUGUUGUUGCGCAUUGUUUGGAAAAGUGGAUCUGUGCUUGAAUAGUACCCUUAUUGGAGUCAAUGGUAUGUUCUUCUUCUUUUAGAGAAAAGUCACAGGGACGCUAAAUAUAAUGGUUAAAAUAGCUGUAUCCUGGGAGGAGUCUUACUCUCCAUGAAUUUUUGUUGCAGAUGUUCCUAGAAUACCUCAUUGUUCCAAAUUAAGUUAAGGGAAGCUGCAUCCCCAUGAAUGGGAUGGAUGUGAUAUUUACAUCUUGGGUGUGCAAGGGCUAAAGUCUUUUGUAUUCUGCCUUGGGUCAGUGUCCUAGGACUGCAUCUUAUUUAGGCCACACACAAACUGUCUUCUGUGUCUGUGAAUGAUCCAUAGCUUCCCACUGCCCAGAAAAGAAAUUCUAAAAAUUGCUUGCUGCCAACAAUUCUGGCAGAAAAAGAUACAAGCUGCAGGACAGUCAGCAUAUUUUAAUUCUUGGUAAGUUCUGAAAUAUGAUUUUCUUUUUAAACCACUAUGUUUCCUCAGAGUUCAUUUAUUGCUACUGCAGAAUGUCAAAAUGCAAAAAAGAUCUUCUCUGAUUGGUGGCCUAGAGUUUCCUAAUGAAAAGUUCUCAUACACUGGUAGAAAGUUACAGUGCGCCCUUGGCUUAUGUGGGGGAUCUGUUCCAGACCCCCUGCGUAAGCUGAAUAGCGCAUAAGCUCAAGUUCCAUUUGAUUGAAUGGGGCUCGUACUUGUGGCGUGGGAGAGUGCGUGCGGCAUGGGCGCACAAACCAUUCAUUCUCCUGUCUCGCAGCUUCUGUGUAAGCUGGAAGCUGCAUAUGGGGUGCCCGCCUAUAGCGCAGGUGCACUGUACUUGUUUGUUAUAUAUAUACAGUUUGGAUUUUGUGGGAUUUAGAUUUGGCAUGAAGCAAUCCCUGUGGAAAGAGUUAUUAUUCAAAAUUCAGUUAGUCAUGAGGCUGCUCUGUUCUGUAACAUGGGCCAUCUCUGAACAGAAUAGGGAAAAACGUUCCCACUCUGAUCCCGCACUGACCUGUGUAGAUGAUGCAUAGAGUGAGAAGGGGUGGUCCAUAAGUCCAGUCCAUGCUCCAGAGUGAUUCUUAGGAGUCCGGCUGGAAACUAUGGAGAAUCUCCUGGGCACACAGACUGCAGGGGCAAGGGGAGAACUGUUAACAGGUGGCCAGAAGGAAGCACCCUUGGCCAGCUGAACCACUGACUUAGGGAGUAUGCAGACAUUGCUGCCUGUAUUGGCCUGUUGUGGAUGAUGGUUGUGUGCACAGCUCAUCCUCCCUGCAGAUCUGGAAGCCCCGAUGGUAAAGUUGGUUUUUUCCUAUCAGUGCAGACAUGGCCUAAAUCUUAUGGGAUUGUGAUAUAAGCAUUAAUGGACCAGAGUUCAUUUAAUCUCAUAUAUGAAGUGGUUUACUCAGUUAAUACAGAAAGAGAAAAGCAGACAGGUAUGAAUAGUAAGAAGGAGAAAAUGUUGUAAAAACAGGGAGCUAGAUGAUAUGUAAUGCAAGGCAUACAGUCUCUAAAUUCUUUGCAGUAUUUAAGUAUACUGCAUAGAUAAACAUCAUUCACAAAAGUUGUAACCAGAAAUUACACAAUCCUUCUUAAUUGAGCUUUGUUAGUAUAUAUGUAUUUCCCAACUAUUUAUCUUUUGAUCAAGGAUGAGAUAUCAGGUAGCUCAAGUCCACAAAACAUAUGCUGUCAGAAAUUGUUUAGCCUUUAAAACCACACAGAGUGCUUAGUUUUCCUCAAUAAAUUCUUGUUUCCAUAGUAGAGAUGGAUCACUCUGUCCCUCCAGAUGUUGUUGGCCAGCAACUCCCAGCAUCCCUCACCAGGGUAUGAUGGGGGUUGUGGUCCAUCUGUCCAGUGAGUAGGGAUGGUUGGAGUUGCAGUUCAUAAGUAUACAGAGGAUCUCGCCUGUUAUAGAAAAAAGCCAGUUUGCAAUUCUGGGAACUGUAUUUUUUUAAAACGACAACAACAACCAACUUUUCCAAGCUGCCAGCAUGACAAAGGAGCAGAAAAAAACAAAGGGAUCAUGCAUAUGAGCGCUGGCUUGAUUCUCCGUACCUGAAGACACAAAGGGUAUGGAGCAGGUUUUACUAUAGAUUUCAUGGGAUCUCAAGGAUAAGGAGAAUAUGGUCCCUAAAAUGUUGUUGUCCUGCAACUCCCAUCCUCACUAUUGACUAUGCUGGCUAGGUCUGAUGGGAGCUGCAGUCCAACACGUUUCCUACCCCUGACUUAAGAACUCUUUUUCUUCAGAAUGAAACAAAAACUAUCCCACAACAUAAAGCAGCAGAUUUCCAGCGCUGUUGUCUUUUGGGCAAAGUUUGCCCUCAGCUCUUCUAGCUGAGGAUUCUGCAAGGGGUUACUUUCACCUUUGUACAGUAUAUAUGUAUGCAAUUUGUUCGCGUGUAGGGUAAAUGGAACAAUAUGUAGCACAUGAAUAUGCACACCCCUGGGAUUCUCACAGUAUACAAGCUCCCUCUCUCUCUAACACACAUCCUGUCAGUUCUUAUCUGCAAUUCAUGGCUUUUAUCAUAUCUGCAAUUCAUAGCCAUUGUCACUGGCAGCUUCCUGGCUAUUUCCUUUCCCCUAAUCCAUUUUUAAUAGAUGAUUGGCACUCCUCCCCCUCUUUUUUAUUGCAUAUUUACUGUCUCAUGAGCCUCUUUCAUAUUCACACAAAUUAAUGGCCUUGUAGUGAGUGCCCAGAGGAUUACUCCAACCCCAAAUCUCUGUUCUUCCUUCCCUCUGCCCUGUGAUUCUUCUCUUGGCACAGUUAAUUGUAUCCCAUUUUUGAUCUCUGCCUCCUCCCUGCCCUACUCAGAUAACUAGUGUUAGGGUUUCUGCCAUUUGGACAAGAGGUAAUGCAAGUAGAAAAAGCUUAUGUUUUUUUCUGGGUGUAAAUUCUAUCAUGAGAAAUGUCCCACUGUGGCAACUUGUCCAUUUAAUGUGAUGUACCAGUAGCAUCUGAAUUCCCAGUCUGACACACUGGAACAUCGUCCCAAAUUCCACUUCUUCAUAGAAUCAGGGGUCUGUGGAGGGCAAGGUGUUUGAAAAUAUAUCACAAAAUGGAGAAUUUGAGAAGCAAAUAUCAAGUAUUCAUUUUCUCCAGCCCCUGUUUUUCUUUGUAUGUUUAAGAUAUGCACCUUCCUAUCAGGUUCCUUUUGAUACAACUUUUGUUCAGAGGUUAUUGAGAGCUUUUCUUUUCUCUCAGUUUUGUGAACUUAACCUGGAAUGAAACUGGUAAAAAAGUAGAAAAUAUGCUUUCUUAAAAUUUCUUAAAAUCCCCUUUAAAAAUAAUUUUCGAAAGUAACUAGAAAACAUGACAUCACAUUCCCACUUCAUUAUUUGUUGUUGUUAGCUGCCCCCGAAUCUGUUCUGACUCAUAGUUACCCUGUGGAUGCGACAUCUCCAAGAAUCCUCAUCUUCCACUGCCUUACCCAGAUCCUGCAAGUCCUUAACCAUAAACCCUCUAAUCAAGUCUAUCCAUCUGGUUUGUGGUCUUCCUUUCUUUCUUCUGUCCUCUACCUUCUCUAGCAUUAUUGUUUUUUCUAGUGAUCCAUGCCUUCUCAUAAUGUGGCCAGCGCAUAAUAGUCUCAACUUGAUCAUCUUACUUCCCCUCUUCCAAAGUAAUUUAUUAUAGGUAGCGGUUGGUUGUGACUUGCUGCUCCCAAACUCUAAGUAGGGGAUCAGAGAAGAAGAUGAGGUUUGCAGCUGAACAUAUCUGGAGAGUGCCAAGGUGGGGAAGGCUGUUUUUUAAGCAUUACACCCAAACACAGUAUGGCUGAUAUCCUAGAUAGUUGAGUAUAGCGCAAAGGUUUCAUACAUAGGAAUCUGCUGUUGCUCCCCUGUUACCACUCUGGGACUCAACUUUUGUUGAACUGUGAUACCUUUCUCCCACAUAGCCGUUCCUUUGCUGUUGGAGAAUGAGGGAAAGAGAGGAGCAUCUGGCUAGAUCCGCAUAGCCAGGUACAGACUGAGGAUUACUUCUGCUAAGAUCCACUGGGAUCCUCCAGAGGACUCAGUUGAUAAGAGUCAGCAAUUUUUGUCUGGCUAUGGAAACAUAGCUAGACACCUCUCUGAUCCCCUCCAGUCUCCACUAGCAAUGGAAUUGUCCUGGGGAAGGAGGCUACUACAUUGCAAGGAUAAGUUGUGGGGUGGUUGCUUUGAACACUAUAGAUGAAUGUAGCCUUAUCUGCUGGGGAUGCUUUGAUUUGGAUUUCCUGCAUGGCAGGGGUUGGACUGGAUGGCCCGUGCAGUCUCUUCCAACUCUAUGAUUCUAUGAUAUCACUAACAAGAUGCUGGCCCAAGCCUGACAACAGUGUGCAUUGGAUAGCUGGGACACAAGGAGAUUCUCCCUGCUUGGUCAGCACAGUGUGAUUUUUAUCAUUGCCAAGUAGUGGCCAUAAUGAAGCAAGAAAAUAGCUGUAGUAAUGCGAAGUCAAAGGCUUUCACGGCCGGUGUCCAUAGUUUUCUGUGGUUUUUUGGGGCUAUGUGGCCACAUUCUGGAAGAAUUUAUUCCUGAUGCAGGCGAAACGUCUGCAGCCACAUGGCCCAGAACACCCACAGAAAGCUAUAGCUAUAGUAGUUUGCCAACAGGAAACAAAAAUCAACCUGUCAUUGAUGAGCGUGAGUCUCUGUGUGUUAUCGGUAUCUACACACAAUAAAUGUGCAGAGAGGGCUUAGUUUUAUGUAACUCUGAAUCAAGUUGUAUGAAAUUCAGUACAUUCACUUCCAACAUACGCAGUCUAAUGCUGAGCUGACAUAAGACUUAAUUUCCCUCCCUCCCUCUCUCUCUCUGGCAUGAAAACUGACUAAAUCAUGCACAAUUGUUAGCAACAGCUGUGCCUCCAGGGUUUUGGUCUUUUUUAGCAGGACUCUUACUCUCUGUAAACUCCCCACAAAUCAUGUUAUAAAGCAGCCUUGCCUUUCCCAAGACAGGCCCCCCCCCAGAUGUGUUGGACUGUAUGCUGGACUUCCAUUUGUGCAAGAGAAGGAUCUGGUUUAAAUGGGGCUGGGUGGGAAUAUAGUUUCCUUACUGUAGCACCUUAAUCACACCCAAACACUUACUCCACAGGGCUGUAAAAACCCUUCAGAGUUGGUUUUCCUCCAACUUGGGUGGCUGCAUAGGAGGCAAAACUCCUAGUAAUGUCCACUGGCGUCAUGUUGGAUUUCAGUCCAACUUUCAUAUUCCACAUUAAUGACGAGAGCUGGAGCCCAGCCCUUGGAAAAGGUUGCUGUAAAUGGGGGAAUGCACAAAUAAUGAGUGAGUUGUUGCUUUGCUGCAGCACUGCUUUAGUUGUCUUGGAGCCCUUCUUCUUAACACCAAACAGCAUGUUGCACCAUAGAGUAGGGAUGAAAUGGUGUCAUGACAGAUGGCCAUAUAUAGGUUAGAAGAAGAAAGGGGAAAAGGAAAUCUGAAUUAGAAACAGUUGGUAUCUUUGGAUCUUUCACAAGUGCUAAACUGCUAAAGGGAAACUACACUCAAAACAAGUGGGCCUAAAGAUUAACCACACUGAGCUUGAAGAAACAUGCUGGCUUUGUGACAUCCCUUGGAAAAACUCAAUUUAAGGAAGGGCACCCUUUUCUUGCAAUAGGUCAGAAAGCUUGGCUUGUUCCAUCUCCCUUCUGGAGCUUACCCAGUAUUAAUUAUUUUGAAAUGGUUGAGUCAGCUUAGUUCCAUGCACUCUUCACAGUUAGCAGUGACCAUUUUCCUUCUCUUUUUGCUGGAAGUGAGCAUGGCUUUCCCAUCUGAAAUUAACCAAAAAUGUGUCUCUUGGGCUGCAUCCACACUGCAGAAAAAUCCACUUUGAUUUUGCUUUAACUGCCCUGGCUCAGUGCUACAGAAUUCGGGAAAUUCUAGUUUGUUGUAGCCCCGGAGUGGAGCAAGCAUUCCCAGAAUUCCAUAGCAUUGAGCCAGGGCAGUUAAUGCAGUGUCAAACUGGAUUAUUUCUGCAGUGUGGAUGCAGCCUUGGAGAAAACUAACUAUCCUAGUGGGUCCACAAAGACUACCACAGGUCAACAGGCAAUGAAAAAAGGUGGAGUAAAAUAUUUUUAUGAUUGUAAUAAUUACUCUUAGAGUAACUUUUUUUUAUGGGUGCUUGCUUUGGUUUUUGAAAGAGAACUUCCCCAGAAAUUGUAUUAUUUUACUUAUUUAGAGUAUUUGUACCCUGCUCUUCAGCCACAAGGGCUCUCAAGAUUUCUUACAGAUUGUUCAUUUGACACUUCCUUGGCUUCAAGCUUAACAUCUAAAUACGCAAGGAUGGCAGAUAUUGCUGGUUCGUCUCUCCCUCUGAGGCCAGGGCAAUGGCAGUUGGGAUGAAGUUGAAACUUUUUUCUUCCUAAAAAUGACAGAUUUGACCCUCCAGGCCCAGGAAUUUGCAUUGCAAAACCUGUCAGAAGUCUGACUUUCAGUCCCAGUAUAUCGAGGCUGUAUUAGGGUUGUUGAGAGUGUGGUGUACUGGUUUGUGUGUUGGACUACGACUCUGGAGACCAGGGUUCAAAUCCCUACUCAGCCAUAGAAACCCACUGAAUCAUUUUCAGCAAGUCACAUUCUCUCUGUCUUAGAAGGCAAUGGCAAGCUCUUUUUAAAGUAUUUAGUUUCUUGUAAUUAAUCGAUUUCGGUAAAACAUACAUUCUGAUUGCAGCAUAGUAAGAAAAUAUUUCAUCCUUUUAGUGAUAUAACUAACUUUUACUGUUAUUUUUUUAUAGUUGCACUAGAUGGUGAAGAAGAUAUAUGAUACCAUUCACAUGGCUUGUGCUGAGCCUCAUGCUCAGUUGUUAAGGUGAAAUAGGUGUUUUGCACCACACGCCCAACAGCAUUUCAAUUUUAAGAAGUAACUAAAAUAAUGAGUUACUUUUGGACAAUACAUGUUGUUACUCUUAAAUAAUGGGUGUAACAGUAACAUACCUAAAGCCUUGGGGCUGUACCUUCUCCUAAUUUCUUGUUAAAAAGAACAAUGUUCCAAGUGCAAAUGUUAGCAAUAAUUGUCUUGCUAAAAUGGAUGAAUUCUUAUGGGUUAUGGCGGAUUAAUGAAUCAGCUAUAACAGAAACACCUUGCGUGAUGCCAACAGGAUUUUAGCUUUUUCAGUUCUUCUGAUCAGUUACCUUCCUUUUAUUUUGUUAACCUAUUUCUCAAAAUUUCAUGGCCUGCCUCCUUUUGCAGAGACUAAAGCCAAAACCAGCAGGGAGUUUUUCAGCCUCCCUUUCCUAUUCAAUGCCUGUCUCUCCUUUCUGCACGGAGCACUUUGGUGACAGUAUCAUCUUCAGAAAGAACCAAGCUCCUUUCUAUUAAUAUUCCUUUGUCUCCCAGGAGGUGUUACCUGCCCCUUCUGCUCAGAUGAACCAGAACUUGCUUGAAAAUGCAUUUGGCUGUGGUUGAUUCCUCAGCUUGCUUGGCUUUAAUUACAUGUUCCUCCAAGCUGUUGCCAUGGAUUUGCACAAUUAGGGUUGUAAUUAAUGUUCCAGCUCAGAUGUUAAGAUAAAAAAUGUCCAUGCUUCAUUUGUUGUGAGAUGAUUCCCCACCACCACAUACCCACUUCUGUUUUUGCUUUUCUCCAAGGAGGCUGGAAAAGUGCAAAAUAAUUUUGGCAAGGGAGCUUCAUUCCUUUUGGAGGUCAUCUCAAUGUGGCUUUUCUAUCCCAUCCCUCCCAGGCCAGGGCCAGUACUGAAUUUAGUUGGCUCCAGAGUGACCAGACAUCCUCCUUUUCCAGGACAUAUCCUACAUUUCAACCUUCUGCCCAGGAGGAACAUUAUAUACACCAUUUUGACACAUGACUAGGAAGCAUGUCCUUGUUAUCCGCUGGGGUUUGGUUCCAGGACCCCCGGUGGAUAAUAAAAUCUGUGGAUACUCAAGUCCCAUUAAAUACAGUGGCAUAGUAAAAUGGUGUCUCUUAUAUUAAAUUGGAAAAUCAAGGUUUGCUUUUGGGAAUUUUAAUAUUUUAAAGCCGUGGAUACUUGACUCUGUGGAUAAAGAAUCCGUGGAUAAGGAGGGCCAACUGUAUUUGGUAAUGGCUUCCAUUUUUCUCGACUGCCCUGCAUUUUACAGUGCCUUGUCCUCCUUUGUGGUUAGGAUAUCUCAUCACCUUGGUUGGAUCCUGCAAGUAACUGACAUUUCUGGCUACUCUCUUCCUCAUCACAGACACUUCCCGAAGGAGGCUUCCAAAGUUAAGGUUAAGGGUGGUUCACAGGAUGGAAAAGUGAUGAAAAGGACGAUGUGUGAUUCUUGUUAGAAAAAAAAAAACCAGUUCUGCACUGAGCCAAGCUGCAUCUUGCUGUGCCUGUCUGAAUUUCUGACUUAGGGUGACCCUAAGGCAACUCUGUCAUGGGGUUUCCUUGCCAGAAUAUGUUCAGGGGGAAUCUGUCCUUGCCUUCUUCAGUGUCCUAAUCCAAUACUCAAACCACUGCACCUCUUUGGCUCUUACAAAAGUGCACUAGGGCUGCUUCAUUUUCCAUAGGCUUCUUUCAGAGGUUGUAAGUAAUGAGCAGCAUAUACUUAAUUACUUGUAAUGAAUUACCUUUAUUUUGUAAUGAGGGGGGUGAACAUUUCAGAAGUGGCAAUAAUGUUUAGGGUUAACAAGUAACAUUUUCUAGUUGCAUUUUAGUUGCAUUCUAAAUUUUAGUUGCAAUGGCAUUAUUCCAAGAGACACACUCAGCUGAAUUUUUUUAGGUUUUAUACCAUUCUCUUAUCAAUCCUAAAUUGAUAACAACAAAAAAUUUUGAGCAGUGCAAUAAAUUAACAUUGUAAUUUUAGCAGUGAUGAAGGGCUGUGGUGGGAUUUGUGACAAGGUACAUAACAAAUUACUUUAAAAAUAGUCUGAGCUCUAGUUUCUUCUACAAUCAUAGGAAGUUCUAGUGCCAAUUCAGUGCAUAUGUGUUCAGUUAAAUACACAAGUACUCAGAUUUGUCUCCACAUGGUGGCUGCUGACUUUUCUUCCACACGGAUCUUCCUCCCAUUGCUAGCAUCAUCACCCUGUUAGUCUUUUUCUAAACAUCUUUAUCCCCCCGUACAGGCUUUCCUAUUUGGAAUUCUCCAUCAUUGUUUUAGUCAAAGAUAGAGCCAGCCAGCAUGGCAUAGUAGUUUGAGCAUUACUAGGACUCUAGAGACCAGGGUUCAAAUGCCAGCUCAGCCAUGUAAACCCUCUAGGUGACCUUAGGCAAGUCACACUUUCUCAGCCUCAGAGGAUGGCAAUGGCAAACCCCCUCUGAAGAAACUCACCAAGAAAACCCCAUGGCCUUUGGGUCGCCAUAAGUUGGAGAUGACAUGAAGGCACACACCAACAACAAAUGACACCUAAAAGACAGCAUCCUCCCAUAGAAAUGUGGUUUGUUCACAAAGUUCUACUUGAUGAUUCCUUUCCUGUGUCAGGUCAAUAACUGUGGCCUGGCUGCUGGGGAAACAGAAGAAAGCCUCUUUGUUGUAGCCCUGUCUAGAUUUAGAGAACAAUACCUAAAACAGUCUAACUUUCUCUUGCCUUUGGCUAAAUAUCAGCCAAUACCUUUAUCAGUUAUUGGCCCAAAUCCUAUGUUUAUUCCCAACUAGAGCAGAACCUCUCAAUUGGGUGGAUUUACCUAUGUUUUAAUCUCUCAUUCUGUAGCUGAUUCAAUGGGUCUACGUCUAGUUAGAAAGAUGGCUGUUAGGUGGCUAAGAGAUGGCUCUUUGUCUGAUUCUCUAGUUUGCUGUGUGCUUGGAUAAUUUUUAUGUUCAAGGAGUGUUCAGAGACACAAUUCUCAUGGAUGGAGUGUGAAAUCGUACAAUCCAGAUGCAGGUUACUUGGGAUCCUAUGACCAAUGUGGUCCCAAAGAUAGUUUUAUCGAGCAUGGAAAGGGACAUUGAAGCAUUUAGCUGAGCAAGAAACAGUUCUGUAUUUUCUAAGACAGUGUUCUUAUUCUUAGCACUGAGGCAUUAACCUCAUGGUCCACCAGGUACUAUUGGACAGCAGCUCCCACCAUUCUUCACCAUUGGCUAUGCCAGCUAAGAACGAUGGAGAAUGGCUUCAGUUUCCAAUAACAUCUAGAAGGCCGCCAUUUGCCCACCUCUGUUUUAGAAAUGGCCUUGGUUUUUCCAAACAAGAAGCACAAGAUAGGCAUACAGUCUAACCCCGAUGCCAUCAAUUGUUAGGAGAGAAGAUUGCUCUUUAGUUUGUGUGUAGUCUGUGGCAUUCUCUGAGACUUUCUUGUUUACAGGUUUACCUCUUGGAGAAUCACUGGCUUCUUUGUGGGGUAGAAAAGCCCAAACACUUCAUGCGUGCAGGAACUGUAAGAUGUGACCUAGCUGCACAAGCAAGGCUCUGGCUUUCAUUAAACAGAAUGAUGCAGUGAAAUUGCUAGCUACAGUUUUUAAUUUAUUCUUACAGGGUUUUGACAGCCAGGGGAGAGGAGAGGCUUGUUGUUGUUAUAUGCCAUCAAGUUGACUUUGGCUUGUGGCAGCCCUAUGAAUAAAAAACCUCCCAAAGAUCCUGUUGACAGCCCGUCUCAGAUCUUGCAAAUUCAGGAGCAUGGAUUUUGUAGGAUUUUUCUGCCUCCUGCCAAAAUAACUUGGCUGGCUUCAGGUACUAACUACAUGGAGGUCUUUGUUUGGACACAGAGGGAAGGGGGUAGUUUUGUAAAUGAACUGAUACCAUGUCACCACGACAGCACACUGGAUGCGGUGGGAAAUAGAGUGUACCUUCAUGGUACAGUGAAACACAAAAACCAAAAAGUGACUUCAGUGGAAACAAAAUUUUAGGUUUUUGGCUUGAUCAAGGAAAAGAUAAAGUUCGGAUCAUGCCAGGAAUGACUGCUGGUUUGUUUUGUUUUUCUCAUGUGAGGGUAUGUGUUGUGUGAACGGAACAUGAUAAGGUGGGAACAUGAUAAGGUGUAUAUAACAAGCCAUUAAAACCAUACUGUUUUCCAUUUCUGAAUUCUCCCAGAGAAACAGUAGAAAUGAAGGCUGUUGUUAUUCUAAUCCUUUCUCUGCUCUGCAUUCUGAGCCUCUGGGGAGGCUGAGCAUUAAUUCUGCAGAACAGAUUUUUGCACCUCUCAGGGGUGCGUGGGCUGGGAGAAACUGGGCUGUUUGAACUCUCCUAUUGUUCCUGAUUUGCCUAGCCCUAGUGAAACUCAGGAAUGUGCUGAAGUACCAAUGAUUAUAAAUCUAGAUUCUAUAUAUUUCUCAAAACUGGACCCCAGGAAGAGCUAUCCCACUGAAGUGCCAGUUCCACCUUCUGUUCUUCAUUUAAGUUGUGGUGGCAGAAUCCAUAGCCAAUCUGUAGCAUCAUUGGUAAAAAGGGGAUUGGCGCUAGAGUGUAGUGCAAUGGGAUUUGAUGGAUGUGGGAGAUCCCCCUGCCUUGAAUUUUGGUUAAGAAAAAUUUGAAAGUGCAUAAUAAACUUCCUAAUCUUGAAUGAUGUCAGAUUUUGGGGGGAAUGGGUGGGGGUUAUAAAAGGAUUUGUGUUUUAACAAGUAAAUACUUAGCCUUAGGGCCAUAACUAUCUAUCAGAAAGGUUUAGCCACUAUCCUCGUGGUCAGAAUAACUAUGGGUAUAGGAUGUGGCAGUAAUCUAGGUGCCAAAGGCAAAAUAGCCACAGGCACGAUGUCAACAGGGGUGAGCAAUGAAAGCCAUCUCAGACCAAGGCCAACAUUUUAUUAGUGACAUAAAUUUACAUUUGACAGGGUAAAUGAAACAUGUGUAAGUGUGGCUUAUACAUGUGUGUAUCUCCUUUUGAACAGCAUAUGGAUCGUGUGCACCAUCCAGAACUUCUCCACGGCAAGCUCCAGGAGUGGCCAUUGCACUUACUGAUGGGAAGGGAAAGUUCAGACAAUGAAGCAGCAAGUAGUCUGGGCUCUGAGGGGAAGGGAAAGAGGGUGCACUCUAUGUGCAAGUGCAUACUAAUUUCUUCCCCCCCUCUCAACCAAGAUCUGCUAUUUCAUCAUCUGAGUUGUCUCUGCCCUCUCCAUCUGUAAGCAGCAGUAGUCCCCCUUCAUGUUUGGUUAUUGUCAGGGAAGAGAAAGGACACAGGGUAGGGAGAGAGCUGCAUAGGCAGAACAUUAUGCUUCACAUGCUUGAGGCAGGAUCUCAGCUGAAAUUGCCCCACUGGCUUCUGAGCAGCUUGGGAACUGGCCGGGUAGCUUUCUCUCCUGACAGAGACAGGGUUUGCUGCCAUUCCUCCACUGACACUACACACCACUCAAAGAUGUGCCUUAUGCCAACAUAGCAGAGCCUGCUGCCAGUGUAGGUCACUGACUGGAUUCUAGCCUUUGGUUGCAUUCUUAUACUUAAAUUCAAUAAGUAUAAUUUUAAGUAAUUAGAAUUUCAGAAACUAACCCCCGUUGGAAACAAUAUGACUUAUAUCUGAACAGACUUGUAGAAGGUCAUUUUUUAAAAAACUAACCAUGGAGCUUUUUUCAGAACUUUUUGGAAACGUGCCAUUCAAAAUUUGAAUACCUUCUGAAAAUUUGUUUCAGCUUUAGGAUUGCUGUUUUUGUAUCACCAGUGGUUCUGGUUGCUAACAUUAUUUUUUUGCCCCACUGGAAAAUUUAUUUACAUUUGACAGGGUAAAUGAAACAACAUGGGUGCAGGUUCACCUUCCUUUUGGGGGGCCUUUGUAGGUUCUUUCAGCCUUAUCUUUGAAACAGUUUUGUGUUUAAUUUGCAAAGGUUUGUGCAGCUUUUGACAGUCCAGCCUAGUUGUGUGCCUGGCUUUGCCAAUCUCCCCACUGGUGCCAUUGAACCAAAUCUCUUGUGUGCUUGUCUGAUUAAAAUUCUCCCAGACCACAAGAUGCCACCAAGACAACCAAGAGCAAUUCAUUCCAGGAAGGGGAAAAACAAAUGGGAUGUGCAAUCAGUUGGCAGUGCUGAUAAAGUAUGUGCCAUUGGCUCAUUAGAAUGUACCAUUAGUGGGCCCACAGAAUGAAUGUGAAGGGGUUGUCAUCCUCCUUCUCCCAGUAUGAAAAACAAAACCGUUGACCAGUUAGAAUGUACUUGCAAAUCUAAUGUCUUUGUCAGAGCUGAAUCAUCACAGAAGACAGCAAAAAAGGUGUGUGUGUGUUGGGGGGGGGUCUUAUUCUUGAAGAAAUGUAUGUCAUUUUCUCCCCAAAAGGGCUUUAAACAAGCACUUUGAAGACUCAUCCUAUGAAUGUACUUUCCAUAUUCAUAAACGUGAGACGCAAGUCAAAGCUCUCUUGCUUUUUGUAAAGCAUCGCCACAUGAUCUGCAGUGAAUUCUGAGACUUUGGUGCUGGGAUGCAUUGGAGCGAAACCACUGCCUGCAUCUGUGGCCAAGAAGAACAUUUGAAAUGCCAUUAAACUUUGUAUAGUGUUGCAUAGGACUGCUCAGGAAAAAAAAUGAAACGAAAAGGAGGGGAAACAAAGUAGUCAGCAGUGGCUUAACCUUUACCUGCGUGUGCCACAAUGGUGUCAAGGUUGCCAAACGCCUGCUUAGCAAGAGAUUCUGCACUUUGGUUUCCCUUCAAAGAACUGCCUCAAACCCCACUUUGUUUCCCCCCUUUAUAGCCGAAACUAUUUUUUGGACUGCAACCGCAAUGUUUGGUUACGCGAGGGUAAGUCUUACUGAACUCUGCUGGGCUUGCUUCUAAGCAAACAUGUUUAGGAUUGCACUGUACAGUAUAAUAGAAAAUAACUUUUAAUUUAGGCACCAAAUCCUUAAAAGUAUCAAUAUCCCUGUGUGGUAGAAGAUGCGUGAACUAUUUAUUCUCGUCCCCUCUGCUUUCAGAAAGGUUCAUUUAAAAAAAACAAAACCCAAAAAGAGCAAUGGUUCCCUUUGUCUUUUUGCAAGACUGUCUCUUUUAAGAAUAUGUUUUCCUUGCUCUGCACCCAAGUGGAUUAGACAGACUUUUUCUCCUGAGGCAUUUCUGUACAGCCAAGGUAACCUAAGUCUCCUACCUAUACUUUAGGAUGUUUCCAGAUGGAGGCUCUUAACAGUACCAGUCUACAAAAGACAGUGACGCUAUGCCAUCUUUGCCUCCUUAAUGGUGGCUUUGCAGUAAGAAAAAAGAAAAACAAAAGUAGUCGUGUGGAAAUGCAGAAUGAUAAUGUGUCAAAGCCAACAGAGCUCUCCCUGACCCCAUUGGAUAUUCCUUAAAGUAGGGUGAUGGCACAAUAAAAGCCUCAUCUGGAAGCAUUCUUAAUCUAGCUCUCUCUAUAUUUGUAUUAGUCUUAUUGUGAGCUGUCACAAGAAAAAAAAACAGAAGCGUUUUUUUGACUAUUGUAUGUAUUGAUUCAAAUUUAAGAUUCAGGGUGCAAACCUGCUUUUGAAUUCCAUUUCUUGCCACUGUACAGUAUCUGGAAAUGCAUAGAGAGACUUUUUUUAUAUUUCUGAAUGUUGUACUUUUUAACUCCUUGCAAGCUUGGUAAUACACUAUCUAAAUGUCUUUGAAAA